GACGGCUUGGCCAAGAAGGAUUUGGAGGAAUCGGCGGACCGCUUCGAGAAACUUGCCAUCCUCGUCUUGGAAGACCUUGCUCAGUCGGGGAAAGGGGUGGAGUACCUCUUCCAGGAGAGGACCUUUGUGUCCAAGACGACCUACCGGCGUGCUGUCGACCAGUAUUGGAUGACACCAGUUCCUUUUCACCUCCACUUCCAUCACGGCCAACUGGAUCAUGCCAAGCUCUUCAGCUGGCGGUCGUGGCUUAGCCUCCGUGCAGACUCCAAGGGGCAAGCCAAAGAGCUGAAGAUCUGCGACUUUGGUCCCUGGCAGUUCUUCUCGAUCCCGUAUGUCCAGGCGUGGACCAAUGGUAUCGCCCGCUGCCUUUUCGUCGCUCUCUAUUCUUAUGCGGUGUUCUACAGACUGUUGGCGGUGGGCAGUAUUUGCUUCAUGGAGGUGCUGCUCUUCCUAUGGGCUCUGGGCCUUGCCCUGGUUGAGCUUCGGCAAUUGGAGAACAGCGGGUUUCACUCCUACAUCCACGACUUUUGGAACAUCUUGGACGCCUUGCACAUCACGGUGCUCCUUUCAGCGUUGGUGCUUGGACUCCUCCUGGCCGACCAAAGCCGGGACAUGAACAAGCCCGAGCAAGUGCUGGAAGUGAUGCAUGCGAUGAAUCUGCUGCCUUGUUGGAUCAGGGUGUUGCAAGUGCUUCAGAACUCGGAGCAUUUCGGAACCCUUCUGAUCACCAUCUUCGGGAUGGCCAAGGAUGCCCUAAAGUUCUUCAUCUUGGUGUUCAUUUUCUGCUGUGCGUUCAGUUGCGCCAUCACUCCAAUUCUCUUCUCGCAGAUCGAGGAGAGGGAUAACCAGGGCCUCACCUGGGCGUUCUGGACGAUUGUGGGGAGUAUGGAUGAGGCGGCAUUGGCCCAGCUGAAGACUCUUCCUCCCAUCACGAGGACGACAGCCACGAUCUUGGUCUACAUACUGGCGCUCGUUUGCAAUGUGCUGCUGGUGAAUCUGCUCAUUGCUGUUAUGAACAGCACCUAUGAGAAGAACCAGUCCAUGUCUCAAACCUCCUGGGCGUUCUCGAGGAUUGAGGCCGUUCUCGAGUAUGAUGAUGAGUCGACGCUGCCUCCGCCACUCAAUCUUGUGGGCCUGCUUUGGAAGCCGGAGCACGGACGACCGAAGAGGUCCAAGACGGGUCUCCAACUGCCAGUGCACGGUGAUGUCAUCGUGACGCGAAGAGACCUGAAAGAAGCACAGCAAAGGGCUCUCCGGGCCAUCAGCUGCUCGUAUGACGAGGACAUGGGAGAGAUUGUUUCCCUCCGGGCAGAGGUUGCGACACUUCGGAGCCGGAACGAGGAGCUUUGCCUGCGAAACCAGCGCCUGGAGGUCAUGGCGGCGAACUUCCUUAUUAUGCAGAAUGUACCGAUGCCCGUGACGGUUCAGCCGCCAUCGACACCAUCUCCGUCUGUCUCAGCUCGUCGAGUUAUGGCCUCUUCUCCGCGCAGCGAUGGACUCAUCCGCCACCGGAGUGCUCCAGUGAGCGCCGAGGCUUCUUCGCCCUGCAGCGACAAGCUUCUCCGGCCCGAUGCCGGGGCAAACCCCGAGGA